CUUUCUCAUCGUACUAAAAUAAAGAAGAAGGGCCUUACUACUGAGUGAACAAAACUGCCACUCUGGAAACAGAACAGAGAGUCAGAGACAGAGUACUAAGUCGGAGCAGUACUGAGUUUUCCAUUCUUCCCAAACGUUCCUUCUCCUGGAAUCGUCCAGCAACAAGAAAGGAAGAGAGAAGCACCAAAUACAAAUAGAUCGUGGCUCAAUUCAUCCAACUUCCACUUCCACCAAAAAACUUCUACAGGCGCAACAGCAAAGGUUUGGAACAAGAAGAAGGAGAAACUGGCAAACAAUGGGAGCCCUCAUGACACUAAUCAUGUUCUUCUGCUUGCCAUGUUCUAUUCUUCUCCUCCUUGUGCUGAAUCUUCUCAGCUUCUUGAAUCAAGUAUGGCUGAGACCAAUCAUGAUUCAGUCUUCAAUGGCUUCCCAAGGAAUCAAAGGCCCUCCUUACAAGUUCUUGCAUGGGAACACCAGAGCGAUCAAUCACAUGAGAAGUGAAGCUGUUGGUACUCCAAUGGAGCUGCUUUCUCAUGAUAUGCUCCCCAGACUCAUGCCUCAUGUCUAUUCAUGGACCAAGAUUUAUGGGAUGAACUUUCUGAACUGGUAUGGAACAAAGCCACAACUGGUUGUUACUGAUCCUGAGUUGGUGAAAGAGGUGCUGAGUAAUAAAGAAGGAGCAUUUCCAAAGAAGUUCAUCCAGAGUUAUGCUGACAAGUUGCUUGGGAAUGGGCUGUUUGCAUCACAGGGAGAGAAAUGGGUCAAGAUGAGGAAACUUGCUAACCAAGCUUUCCAUGGCGACUCUUUGAAGGCAAUGAUUCCUGCAAUGGUAGCUAGUGUGGAGGCAAUGCUUCAUAGAUGGAGAGAUGCGAAAGAGAUUGAUGCAUAUCGAGAAUUCAAGGUUUUGACAUCAGAAGUGAUUUCCAGGACAGCUUUUGGGAGUAGUUAUGUGGAAGGCAAGAACGUUUUCGAUAUGCUGAUGAAGCUUGGUCUCAUUGUCAACAGGAACAACUUCAAAGUUAGCAGCAUUCCAUGGUUGAAGGGUGUCAACAGGAAGCUCUGGAGAACAAGUGAUGACAUUGAAUCAGACAAACUGCAGCAAGCAAUUAGGGAAGCAAUCAUAAAUCUGAUUAGGAAAAGAGAGGGAAGGGAUAGUGAUUACUAUGGAAGUGACUUCCUUGGAUCCCUUCUCAAUGCUUUUCAUGACAGUGACUUGUCCAGGAAGGUAACCAUUGACGAUGUGAUUGACGAGUGCAAGUCAUUCUACGUUGGUGGCCAUGAAACCAUCACAAGUUCCCUCACUUGGACAGUUUUCCUGCUAGCAAUUCACACAGACUGGCAAGACAAGGCAAGAAAAGAAGUUAUAGAAUUACUUGACCAACAAAAUCCACCCACACUUGACGGUGUCUCUAGAUUGAAGAUUAUGACUAUGGUUGUUAAUGAAUCACUGAGACUAUACCCACCAGCUUUCAACCUCACAAGGGAAGUUGAGAGAGAGACCAAGUUGGGGAACUACAUACUUCCUGCAAAGUUAGCAUUGAGUCUUCCCGUCAUAGCAAUUCACCAUAACCCUUUACUAUGGGGAGAAGACUGCCAUCUUUUCAAGCCAGAGAGGUUUGCUGUUGCUGAUGGUGUGGCCAAGGCCUUCUUGCCAUUUGGGUUCGGGCCACGAACUUGUGUGGGAUCGAGCUUUGCAGCUGCAGAGAUUAAGAUUGCGCUCUCGAUGAUUCUCCAACGAUACAAAUUGAGUUUGUCACCUUCGUAUGUUCAUGCACCAUUCCAUAUGCUCACUAUCUGCCCUAAACAUGGACUCCAAAUCCUUCUCCACCCGCUCUAACACUGGGUUAUAAGAUCGACCCAACAAAGAUCCAUCUUGUUUACAAAACAAUAUACAUCAAUAUGUCUUCUUCUUUGUUGUCUCAAAUGUAAGCUAAGUAAAAGAAACAAAGGAAAAUACAUGAUUUUGUGAUGCUGAUUAUGCUUCGGUUUGCAGCAAAUUUGCCAACGGAAGUCCCUGCAAUUUUUUUGGGUUCAAUUUAACUUCUUGUUUGUUAAGCCUCG